UCCCGGCACCCACACGGUGGCUCACAACUGUCUGUAGCUCCAGUUCCAAAAGAUCCAACACCCUCUUCUGACUAUCAAGGCUACCAGGCACACGUGCAGUAAAAACACUCAUACACACUAAAACAAACAGAACCCCACCGGUAACAACACUAGAUGGAUGCUCUUGGCUUUCAUUGCUGCCUUGGCAUGUGAGGGAGUUGAGGCUCUGAGGCUAGAAUAGCUUAGCUCGUGCCUUCCAUUGAGGAAGGAGCCUGGGAAGAUGCACAGUGAGCCAGGUGGGCCAGUGCCUAGCCUGAGGCCGGACAUUCAGUGUUUGCUCAGUACCUGGGAACAGGCUGUGGCUCUAAUCAAAGAACUGCUUUGUUCUCAGACCUCUCAGCACAGGAAAUUCCAAGGUGGUUUUCUAUGCUGGCCUCUCUAGUUUGGUCUCUGGAGGGUCCGGGUACCUAAAAUGACUUGAAGAAGGAACCAGAUAGUCCGGCCUGCCUAUCUGGCACAGAGGGAGGGCAGGAGGAGACUGGAGACCCCAUUCCUCACUCGGUCAUUCUCGGUCCAUGAUGGUGUGGUCCCCGGUGCUCGUCGGUGUCGUCUUCCUGUCUGUUUUCUCAGGGCCUAGUGGGGCUGAUCAUGACAUGCCCAAGCUGGCUGACUGGAAGCUGUGUGCGGAUGAGGAAUGCAGCCAUCCUGUUUCCAUGGCUGUGGCCGUUCAGGACUAUGUGGCUCCUGAUUGCCGCUUCUUGACCAUAUACAGGGGCCAAGUGGUGUAUGUCUUCUCCAAGCUGAAGGGCCGUGGGCGGCUUUUCUGGGGAGGCAGUGUUCAGGGAGGUUACUAUGGAGACCUGGCUGCCCGCCUGGGCUAUUUCCCCAGUAGCAUUGUUCGAGAGGACCUGACUCUGAAACCUGCCAAAAUUGAUGUGAAGACAGAUAUUAUGUACCCAGGCUGGCCUCCCAAUCACUAGCCUUCAG